AUGUUGGUCGCAUUAGUACCAUUACUGUUAGCAUGCCUUCCUGUCAUUGAUGGAAACAGCUUUUGGUCAGAACAGCGUGCUAAAAGGGGGAUAGAAAGCCUCUUGGAAAACUACACUUUUACAAUUCGAGACGACUAUGUCGACGAAAACAUCACAGCCUACUUCGAAUUUGAAUUGAGAUAUAACGCAGCAAAGAAUGCUUUGCGAAAGAAUCUCGGCUAUACCGAUGCGAUGAAAACCAAUCGUUUGAUCAAUGAAGAGCUGGACAAAUUAAAGAAAUCGAAAAAUGAAACAAAGAAAUCAAAAGAGCCUAUAUCAAGCGAAGUUGUAUUAAAAGGUCGUCAAUCAAUUUUUAUGCCUUGUUUUACUCCACACACGAAUUACGUACAAAGCUGUGAUAGCGCUGGUUGCACAGGAGCUAAAGCAUUCGCCAGAACAGUCUGCUCCGAAUUCUUAACAUGCAUGAGGAAAACACACACUUCUUACUGGAUGUGCAAGCCAAAGAUUUGCUCGAAAUUCAAGAAAAUGCCGAAGCAUCCUCGCUGUUAUGAUUACCUCUUCAAAUGUGAUUAA